ACAGUGGUGUGGUCACCAAAACGCCUCUCCGCAGAGGCGGGACCCGGUGGCGGGACCCAGAGGAGGGUUCAGAGGCCAAAACGCCAGAGGCGGAACCCAGAGGCGAAACCCAGGGGCGGGUCCAAACAACACCCAAGUGUAUUGUGAUGAUCAAUUUAAUCCUCCUCAAGGACAGUGUUUUGGUCACCGAAACGCCUUGCAGAGGCGGGACCCAGAGGCAGGACCCAGGGGUUGGUCCAGAGGCCAAAACACCUCUCACAGAGGCGGGACCCAGAGGCGGGACCCAGAGGCGGGACCCGUGGGCGGGUUCAAACAACACCCAAGCGUACAGCGAUGAUCAAUUUCACCCCCCUCAAGGACAGUGGUAUGGUCACCAAGACGCCUUUCCGCAGAGGCGGGACCCAGAGGUGCGACCCAGAGGCGGGUCCAGAGGACAAAACACCUUUCUAAGAGGCGGAACCCAGAAGAGGAGCCCGGGGGCGGGUCCAAGCAACACCCAAGUGUAUAGGCAUGAUCAAUUUCAUCCCCCUCAAGGACGGGGGUUUGGUCAUCAAAACGCCUUUCCGCCGCAGAGAGGACGUGGAAACCAACGAGGACAACGAGGAGGUGGCUUUCAUCAGGACCAAAUUGCGGAAUAUCGAGAUAAUUCACUUUAUGGAUCUCAGGAAUGGCGCUACGUUGAUGGAGGCAAUUUUCAGCCUCAAAUGGGACGUGGAAGUCAAGGCGGUCGAGGGCGUCAACCAAAUCCAAAAUCGAAGCCAAAGGGUUACGGACGAGGUGGUAAUUUCCAGGAGCAACAUCAAAUUCAAGGAGACUUUCAGGAGAGCGAUCAGUUUCCAGAUCCUAAAGAUUCCUCUCAAAUCAUGCCAAGACAACCGAACCAACCAAAUGAAAGAGGAAGAAAUUUUCAUGAAAAGCAGAAGCACACAGUAUCCUCGAGGAAGCCUGUCAGCAAAAUAACCUCAUCCCCUUGUUCUGUCGAUGAUUCGGAUGCAGGGAAGGUUGCUGAUCAGUCUCAAUUUGAAACAAAUAAAAUACUCAUUCGCGGGCUGAGUGGAAAAACUUCUCGGGACGGACUAAGUAACUUUAUCGCGGCAAAGAGUGCUGGGCAAGAGGUUAAGGACGUACAGAUGCUGAAUAAUGGAAAAGCCUUAGUCAUUAUGGCUGAUGAAAUCAGAGAUUUCACGAAAAUAAAGACCAAAUGCGAGGAGAGAGGUCUGGAUGACGCAAAGGUUUCCAUCGAACAAGUCCCGGUUUGCAAAAGCAUCCUUGUCACUGGCUUUUUAGACGUUACCCAUGAUUUUAUUGAACUGUACUUUGAGAGUCGUCGAAACGGAGGGGGUCCUGUGGAUAAGGUUGACUAUGUUCCUAAAAGUGGUCGAGCUGUGGUUGUGUUUCAAAACGCAAAAGAUAUGGAAAGGGUGUUAACCAGACAUGAAGAAAAACCUCAUGAGUUUGAACAAACCCAGCUGUCAAUUAGAGUUUACCGAGAGUUUUUAGAAGACGAAGAGGUUGAUGGAGCAGAGGAUUCCGGUGACUUAGGAGCUACUGCAACCGCGGCCAGUGAAUCUCGAGUGAGCCAGAAACCUGAUGCUAAAGCACAACGGCUGCACAUGCCUGUAGAUCCCGAUGUUAUGGAAUACGUUACAUUCACAGGAUUCCAAGCUGAACUAAACAAUUCGCUGACUGGAGAGAAAAGCGAAAUCACCUGGAAACCCAACGACAAAAUUGCUCUAAUAGUGUACCGUGGGGAAGAUGACAGUGAUUCAUGGCAAUCUGAAUGCAUUGACCAAGUACAAAAUUACCUCAGCAAGUUUGCGAAGUGCGAUGUGCAGGUCAACAAGGAUUUCUGGGAAGCCGUUGUAGCAAAAGUUCCCAGCAUUCGCACCUGCUUGGGAGUUGAUCCCCCGCUGGUCAAGACUAUUCCUGAAUCAAAUGUUGCUAGGAUCAUUUCAUUAAAAGCAGAUGUGAAAAGUAACGAGGAAAAGGUGAGGUCAAAGUUGGAAGAAAUCUACCGCGAGGAGAUCAGAAAAACCUACUUGACGAAGAAAAUUGCAGAUGUUCCCGAGGAGCGCUUAAUUUUACUGAAGAAGAUAAAAUUUACCGAGAAACUCCAAGAAAAGAACAAGGAGUUGGAGAUCAAGAUUAAUACUGAAGGUGAAGAAAUAUAUUUCGAAGGUCCCCAGCCACAAUUUACUGAGGCAACCAUGGAGUUCGAGAAACUAAUGAAAAACAUGGUUGAGAAGAAAGUAACUUUAUCCGUCAGCAUCCUGGAUAUUUUAAACUCAGAUAAAGGGCUUCAAACUGUCAAAUGUGAGUUGGAAAGAAACAACGUGGAAGCAGUGUUGGUUAUUGAGAAAGACGCCACCAUAGUGGGAUCCUCAGCAGCACAUGCAGACAACGCGGCGAAGGUCGUGAACAAGUUAAUGGUGGAAGAGAAAGUUCAAGUGGACGAGAAAAGCAAGCAUUUGUUGAAGUCAUCUGAAUGGCUGAAGUUAUGUGGCGAGAUGCACCAAACGGCUGUCCGUGUGCGGAGGGACAACUGGAACGAUACAUAUGUAGCUGGGUUUCGUGAUGACGUGACCGAAGUGAUAAAGAAGUUAAAUGCCUUUCUUAAAAACAAUCGCAUAGAGGAGGAACGUUUUGUGUGCGGGUCUGAUAUCAUGCGAAGGUAUCUUCUUGAGCUACGUCAAGAAGAUCUACGCACCAUAGAAAAUCAACUAAAAGAUUUUGUAGUGAGUAUUAAAAAGGGAAAAGACAAUGAUGAUUUCGUCAUUUCUGGAAACACAGAGGGCUUGAAACGUGUAGGAAAGAAGAUCGACGCUCUGAUGAAUUCCACUGAUUUCAAAACCUUUGAAGUGAAACAGCCAGGCCUUCGAAAUUUUUUUGACGGCGGAAAAGGAGAUCGGCUGGUAAAAUCGGUGGAAAAAGAACAAGAUUGUGCCAUAAAAGUCCAGAAAAGUUUCGGUCGAGGAGGACAGGACGAAGAGCUGCACCUCGAAGGCGUAUCUAACGACUCUACUUCUUCAGGCGACAGGGACGAUGAUGUUGAGGAUGAACACGCUACCACUGCUGGAACUGACCCGUCUACCCUGGUAAUAGCCCAAAGACACAGAGUGUCGUGGAAACCUGGAAAGAUAGAGGCAGAGAAGGCUGACGUACUUGUCAGUUCUCAAGGAGCAUGCGAUCAAGCAAUCAUUAAUGCUGGUGGUCCUCAGGCCGUAGCCCCCAACGUUGGUGACAUCACUGUCUCACGUGGUUUUUCCUUGGUUAGCCACGUGAUUCACACUAACUGUUGUACAUGGAACAACGGUGGAGGAGAGCCGACGCUAAGGGCCAUCGUUAAAAAGUGUCUGCAAACAGGCGAGACGCUUGGAGCGAACUCCAUUGCAUUUCCUGUCAUUGGGACUGGAAACCUUCAAUUCCCACGUGAUACAGCGUCGAGAAUCAUGUUGGAAGAAACAGUCAAUUUCUGCCGAGCCAACCCUGGUUCUAAUUUACGGGACAUCCGAUUUGUCGUGUUUAACCAAGAUCAAGCAUUAACUGCUGCCUUCAAACAAGAGAUGAACAAACUGCAACCCAAGCACAUUGGUCACUCUGCCAUCACGACUUUUACCUUCACUAGCCCUCUUAAUGUUGAGGUGGUUAAUGGUGAUUUGACUCGGGAGAACAGCACUGACGCUAUUAUGAAUAUCAUUAGCACGGACAUGAAGAUGGAUAACGCCGGAGACCUAAGCAAAGCCAUAGCAAGACAGAGUGGUCCACUAGUGCAACAAGAAUGCAACCAAUUGGGAAAGCAGCCUCCUGGAACAGCGAUAAUGACCAGCGGAGGUAAUCUACAAGUACCUCAUAUUAUUCACAUAAUUCCAGGCUCCUCAGAUAAGGAGCAUCUCCAGAAAUGUUUGGAGAAGGGUCUUCGUGUUGCCGACGCCAAUUACUUUCAAGCAAUCUCAAUUCCGUGCAUUGGCACAGGAGGAUACGGCUUGAAUGGAGCGGAUUCAGCCCAGCUGACGUUCAAAGCACUAAACGCAUUCAGUACCUUCUGUAAAAAUACUAAGAAAGUAAGAGUGGUUGUGUUUCAGGCCUCUAUGAUGCAGGAGUUUCUACAAGAACAGAAGAAACAACCAGUGCAAGGUAACGAAGGAGAUAGUGACUCAGAGAAUGCAGCAGCCAGAGAAACCAGAAGUCGCGGACGUAGGCAGGAACUAGGCCAAAGUGACGAGCAUUCUGUAAGAAUUUCUGUGAUCGGCAAAGACAAGGUGAGCGUGGGAAAAGCCAUGGAAUCCUUGAAGAAAGGUUUUUCUGACGCUUGUACAAUGGAAAAAGUCGAAAGUGAAAUCGUCAGUCAGCUUUCCGAUAAGCAGAGGGAUAUCCUGAGGAAAAAAGCUAAAGACCGUGACGUCAAACUUGAAAUUGAGGAUGACGUGGAUCGCAUUGUUGUUCGUGGUGGACCAACCGAAGUAUCUGGAAUGGUCGGGGAGAUCUGGAAAGAGAUCAACGAGAGGACGAAAAGUAAGCAGGAGGAAGAGCAAGCGAAGUUGGUUUCAAAGAACGUAGAGUGGAGCUAUGAAAUACGGGGCACAAAAGUGGUAUUUGCUUCGAAAGAAAAUGCCAAGAUUGAGCUGGCCCACAGCAAAGACGAUCACACAGUGCAAGUUUCUUUACGCGGAGACAAGUUUGUCAUCGACUUGAAGAGAAACUCUGGACUUGGACAAACGUCUGGUGAACAAAUAACACUGAUAAGAAAGGUGAAGGGUGCUGAUGAAGGAAUUGCUUUACCAAAGCACUGGGCACCAAUGCCCGGCCAUGACUCUACUGCACAUAAAGUACAACUGCACCCAGGCUCCCCUGAGUAUCAAGAUGUCGUGCGCAAGUUUCAAGCCACAGCCGGUGCGUUAAAUAUUCAGAAGAUUGAACGCGUACAGAAUCCUCAUCUGUAUCAGUCUUACAUGGUACGAAAACAGAAAAUGGAUAAAGAUACGGGAGACAAUAGUGAAAGACGGCUGUUUCAUGGAACUGAUGCUAAAAACAUCAACCAUAUCAACACACAAGGAUUCAACAGAAGCUUCUGUGGGGCUCAUGCAUUUUUUUCAGGCACGGUCUAUGGACGUGGUGUUUAUUUCGCUAGAGACGCUCAAUACUCUGUUAAUUACGCUGGGGGUGUUGGUUAUGGAAGUCGUCACAUGUACCUUGCCAAGGUCCUCGUUGGGCAGUAUUGUGUUGGGAAUCGUUCAAUGGUUGUGCCUCCACCAAAAAAUCCAUCAAAACCUGAAAUUCUUUACGAUUCUGUGGUAAAUGACCAAUCAAGCCCCAGCAUCUUUGUUGUUUUCUUUGAUAAUCAGUGUUACCCUGAAUACCUUAUAACCUUUUCAUGACCACAUGGACCUUUUACUCAGAAAAUGGCGGAGUUAAAGGCCAAAAAAGCUUGAAAAGCUUCAUAGUUUAACUUAGUUUAUCAGUUAUAUAAAUUGCAGAGAAUAGUUAUCCUCCACAGACUAGGGAACAUCAUAUAAAUGUUGGUAAUAGUUUCUCGAUAGAAUUCUUAACUGUCUUAACUCAAAGCUUAUUCUUCAUCCUAUAAAUUGAAUGAUUAUAUCCUUGAAUGCCAAACAAAGUAAAAUCUAGCUGAACGCGUUUUAUCACUACAGUGGAGUUACCACUAGCCUACAGCGUAGGGAAACGCGAGGCGUGCGAGGUGACCAUGACAUAGUCGCGUUCCUCGCCCACGCGUUCACCUCGCGCUUGUCCCGUUUUCUCGCUUGGAAAAGCAAAGAGUUCUGCUGUUCUCAAGUUAAGUUUUUACAACGGUAUUUUCUUUUUUAUCGCCAGAUUGACAAAUAAUAUUUUUUUUGCAUCGAUUUUCUACCCAAGAAACUAGCGAAAGUAGAGAAUUUCGAACAACAUGUGUACCUUUUUCCUGUGCUUAAUGAGAAUUGAUAGUGAAGUCGCUACGAUGACAUUUGAUUUAUGGUGUAAAAGAUUCACCGGAAAGAAACUUAGAGAAGCAUUUAUUAUUUAGUUGGCAGCCAAUAGCUUGAUAAGAAUUGUGGCAUAGUAUUACCUGCGUUCGGGUUUCACGGACAGAUUUAUUUACUGAAAUAAAAUAGAGGAAUAAAAAUUAACGUGUUGGUUUUUUUCCGUGUUCAACUUGUGGCUCUGUGGCAAUAUCUUAAGUUUUUCGCGAUGAACGAGUGAGGGAGAGGAAGCCCUACCAGCAGAUAAGAAC